AUCUCUUCCAUAAAUCUCAUUCCCUACUCCCUAAAUCUCUUCCACAUCUCAACCAAAUCUUCAUCCUCUAUAAUAUUUGUUGCACCAUUCAUUUGUCCAGUCUCUGCAGCAAAACAAUUAUUCUUUAAUUUCCUACUCAAGAAAUCGAGAACCAAAUUCGAGAGAGGGAGCUAUCGAUAAUUCUCUCAAAAUCCGUUGAAGGUGAUCAUCUUCUGUGUGGGCGGACGCAAAAAUGCGUUGAAAAUGAAGAGAACAAUCGGAGACCGAAAAAGAACAGCCAUGCCAAACAAGAAAUCUAAAUCCGACUGGCCAUGUGUAAAACCCAAGUCUAAUUUGAAGAUCUCUCACCUCAAAGGCGAUGAUCUGAUUACUAUCCAAAAUUAUCUCACCUCUGCUGAGUCAAAAGCAUUUAGAGAUGCUGCUGAGGCAAUUGGUUUUGUUCACCAAGGGAGUCUUGGUCCCACAAUGGGAGAGGCUUAUAGAGACAAUGAUCGGAUAGCUGUUAAUGAUCCUGCUCUUGCAGAGGCAAUAUGGAGUGCUGGACUCAACAAGUUCUUUUCAGAUUUCAAGAUUCGAGGAAAAGUUGCAGUCGGGUUGAAUCCAAAUAUAAGGUUUUAUCGGUACACUGCUGGUCAACGAUUUGGUAGACAUAUUGAUGAGAGUGUUGAUCUGGGAGAAGGAGGACGUACAUAUUAUACACUAUUGAUCUAUCUAAGUGGUGCCCCUGGUAAAAGUAAAGCCAAAUCUAAAAACGACAGUAGCUCUCAAGACUCUUUGGAUCCACUAGUUGGAGGGGAGACUGUGUUUUAUGGCCCUAGAAAUGCUUUGGUCGCUGAGGUAGCUCCGACAGAAGGCAUGGCUCUGCUUCACAUUCAUGGUGAUAAGUGCAUGCUGCAUGAAGCUCGAAAUGUGAGUAAGGGCAUCAAGUAUAUCUUACGAUCUGAUGUAGCAUUUGCUUGAUUAAGGCAUCUUCAAGUCGCCGUGUAGAUUUCCAUUGCAAUGCAGACAUGCUGCCAGCGGUGGGUUGUCUAUAUAUUCGCCAAAGAAGACGUGAGUUUAUUGGACCUCAAAUUUAUCUAAAACGGAUUAAUGUUUGGUAAAGUGUACAAUGAAAUUGCUCCUUUUUAUUUUGCAUAUGCGGUUGUAUAAGACAAGAGCACGGAUGUGGGCCCGGACCUAUUUUUAUUAAUUUUUUACUCUCUGCUCUUUCCCAAGAGCAUAACACUCA